CAGGCAAAUCUGGAAAUCAUUGGCGCUGGCACCGAGGGACAUGUGUAUCGCAUCGACGACGACAUUGUCCUGAAGGCCAGUCGACUCUACACGCGUCCAACUCGCCAGACCUCCUCGCACGACCGAUGGAUCUAUGCCUCGAAGACACUCCAACACGCGAGCCUCAUGCGAGACGAAAGAGCAGUGCAUCGUCUACUCGAGAAGCAUCCGCACCCGAACAUCGUGGAAGCGCUGGACACCACUCGCCCCGAAGGCAUCUAUUUCCGCAAGUACCACUCGUGUCCUGAUCCGGCCUUCACCGCGCAGGGGAGACGCAUCCGCUGGUAUCAGGAUAUCAUCCGGGGCCUGGCACACAUCCACAGCCUGGGCAUCACCCACUCUGAUCUGCACCGAGCCAACAUACUGCUGGAUAACAAGGGAAACGCCGUGCUGAGUGACUUUGGCGGAAGUUGUCGUCAGGGAGCAUCAAACCCGUUCAUCGGAACGCCUCAGAACGGGUAUACAGAGACGGUUUGUGACGCCAGCGAUCGAUUCGCCAUGGGGUCCCUGAUCUAUGAAAUGGAGAAGGGAUACCCGCCUCAGAUUCGGACGAACAGCGAGACCGGAGAUCUCUUGCUUCCUCGAUUCUACACCGGGCACGAUGGUAUUGACUUGCUGAUCGACCACGCCUGGCGGGGUGAGUAUACCUCGACCAGGGAGAUGCUAGCCCGUGCUGAGGAGCUCUAUACCACCCUCGGCCGGGAAGAGGUUCGCAAUGUGGUGCCGAAGAAGAAGCUGAGGGCUCGCAUCAAACAGUGGAGGAAGGUUUGUGAGAGAGAGCACGGUUGCAUUCUUUACUCUCUCCCAACCGAGGUGGAGUUGCACGACUUGGAGGAGCGAUAUGGCCAGAGAAUGAAGGAGGAGGGACUGAGAGACUGAGAGAGCAGUAUCUGAACAUGUAAGCCUGGUUUUGGGUACGUUGUGGGAGACAGCUGGUCGCAUUGCAGAUGUGUG